AAGCAGGUCUUACCACACCGCCCCUCCCAGCCUCUCCUGCAUUUGUGGCAUGUUGCUUAAACGAAGUUACUUAAAGCUCCCUCCCUCCCACCACCACUCAGUGUGGUAGCCGCCCCACCUAACGCCGAUACCUCUCUCUGUCUCUCCCCUCCCUUAGUAACGUGCCUCCUCUGACACCGCCCUUCAUUCCACACCAGUGACAGACACCUCUUGGAUUAUUUUAUUUUGGUUGUUCAGUGUUCUCAUCUCUCUUCUGAUGGCCUCUCUCCCGACGCCAGUGACCGCUCCUUUCUCACGGGUAUCUCCCCCCCUUCGCCCUCGUCUCUCACUGAGGGCUCUGUGAAUCUUUGGAGAGGGGGGGAGAGAGACUGAGAGAAUCCUCUCAGGGCAUCGGUGAGGCAGCGGGCACCGUCCCGUCCCCGUCCCCGUCUCCUCCAGCGCCAUGGCUUCCUUUACGUACGGCGAGAAGCAUCAGUACCGGCAGCUGUUGAACAGUGAAGGAGAUGCAGGUGAAGGGAGGAUGCUUACACCACAGUAUAAAAGGACUCCAUUGACCCAUGUGCAACAUACCAACUUCUCACCAGCACGCAGUAUGCCAUUAUGUUUGGAACCCGUGGAACCGUUAGAUAUUGAGGCGCACAUACAGAAUCAGUUGGCAGACCCUGAGUUGGAACCAUUUCAGUAUCUGAUGGACUACCCAAACGAUGACGUUGAAGUCACAUUAUCUUCUCGAGAGUAUCAGACCGCUACUCCAGCUGAGCCCGACAACUGGGAAAACAUGACUCCACAGGUGAGGGCAUGUGUGGAGACCUACACUAAGGACUGGCUGAUGGUUACCAGGAGCUAUCAGAAGUGCAACACGGAGAGUCGACGCAAGGGGCUGAACCUUCCUCAUCAGGUCUUUGAAUGCGAUGAAAGCUUUAAUUUGGAAAUGCAGGGUCUCCAGAGCUCGGUCGGACAGCAGGCAGCUGAGCCACAGACUGAGGCGGCAGAGAUUUUCAUUCAGGAUCUGCUGCAGCCCACCACACCCGAGGAGGUUGAUCUGAGGAAUAAAGAAAAACGUAAAUCUGGCCGGCUGACCGAUAUGUGCUCUCUCUACCCCCCGAUGGAUGAGGAGGACGGCGGGUACAGUCGGGUCAUUCCGCAGCCUCCGUGCUGUCAAUGGGAACAGAAGCUGCAGUUUAAUUUUCUGGAAUUAAAAUUUGAAAUCGAAAUUGAACCACUCUUUGUGACUUUAGCCUUGUACGAUUUAAAGGAAAGGAGAAAGAUUUCAGAAAACUUUUACUUGGAUCUCAACUCUAAAGAAUUUCGAGGAAUCAUCCGGACUCACGAUGAUGCCCCAUGUUAUUUCAAGAAGGCCAUCUUCUCAAUCACCCACCCCUCUUCUGAAAUCUACCUGGUCAUCAAGGUGGAGAAGGUUCUUCAGCAGGGCAGCAUUGCCGAGUGUGUUGAACCCUACAUGGCCAUUAAAGACUGCGAAACGGCCAAGAGUAAAGAGAAGAUCGCAAAGCUUCGGUUCCAGGCGAUGUCCUUCUGCCAUCGCUUGAAGUCCUACCGGAUGCCUUUUGCCUGGGCUGCUGUAGAUCUCACAAGCCUCGCAUCCACCAGCGGAUCCCACAAUUCACUGGACAGAGACGGCAAUACUGGAGGCAGUGGGACUGAGAUGCGUUCACAUUCACUGGACAACAAAUACAACAUCCACUUAUUGCGACCCGCUCAGUAUAAUCUCCAGAUGUUCAAUAAACAGGAGGAAGAUAAACUCAGUGAUGAAGACCUGAUGAAACUUAUCGCGGACGAGAAGAAAACAUCGACUCUGCUGAGGCGACAACGGAGGAUUCCAGGAGUUUUUCGAUUCGAAGUGUCCCAUGUUACUGAAGCAUCGACCUUUUGCUUUAACCCCGAGUUUUUGGAAGUGAGGCCGAGCAACAGUGAGAACACAGACCUGACCUUGGAGGUGUUGGAGUUCCCCGUCUCAGGGUUUUCCGUUCCACAUACAACGUACAGGAAUCUCCUCUACAUCUACCCCCAGUUCCUCAAUUUCUCCAACCGGCAAGGCUCGGCGCGGAACAUCACGGUGAAGAUCCAGUUCUUGGGCGGAGAGGGACCGGACAGUGCCUUACCGGUCAUCUUUGGAAAGUCUGGAUACGCCGAAUACAUGAACGAGUGCUACACUCCGGUGGCUUACCACAGCAAGUCUCCAUUCUUCUACGAGGAGGUGAAGAUGAAGCUGCCUUCCAACCUCAAUGAGAAGCAUCAUCUGCUCUUCACCUUCUACCACGUGAACUGUCAGCCCAAACAGACCCAGGAGGCUCCAGAGGUUCCAGUGGGCUACAGUUGGUUUUCAAUGCUGGACAAUGGGCAUCUGCGCUCUGGAUCAUUCGAGCUUCCAGUUUGCUUGGAGAAGCUUCCACACCUGUAUUCAGUGACAUCUACAUCGCUGGCUGGGCUGAAGUGGUUGGAUAACCGGAAAGCAGUCUUCAAGUUGGAGCUACGCCCAGUGUCGACGAUAUACCCUCAGGAUAGAAACCUGGAGCGGUUCUUCUCGCUGUGUGAAAGCGCGUGCGAACACCACGCUGUAACCCAGCAGACAGAGGCACUCAGGCAGGCUGUCUCUGCCCUCAAGCUGGUUCCGAUGGAAGAGUUAAUCUGCUUCUUGUACGUGGUGUUGGACAAACUGCUCACGCUCCUGACGCUGAGCUCCACGAAGACAACAGAAGGAGCCCUGGUCAGCAAAGAAAUCUUUGAAAUGCUGAUUGCAAUUGUGGACCAGCUGCAUAGCAGUGAGGAGAUGCCGAAAGAUUCAAUGGGACGGAAUCAGUCCCUGGCGACAUAUGUACACCACUUGUUCAGCAUGCCAGUUCCCAACGAGGCUGAAGUCACGGAGUCUGAGAAAUACGCCACUAUCCGACCAGAGAGCGCAACAGCAGUGCUGCAGAUGAUGCGGAAACUCAGCACGAGUGACUCCGAGGUGCAGACGGCUAAAGCCAGCGUGCCUGGGGGCAGCGGCCUGAAACCGUCAAAGUUAUUCCAUGAGGAAUUAGCCUAUCAUAUCGUGUUCACCAACGGAAAGAUGAGGAACCAAGUGUACAUGCAUCUGUGGUUCUUCUGCGAGCUCUUGGUCAAAAGCAUGAGUCAGUACGUCUCGGACACAGUGGGCUGGAGUUCCUCUCGCAGCCUGAGGUACCCGGAGCAUUUCCCUGGCAUCAUCUACACGCUGGUCAACAUUGCCACCGAGUUUGUGAAACAUCAGGAUCCUGAAAUUACAGAUCUGACGAACCUGAGCCUUGGGUUUUUCCUGAACGACCUCCUGUCCCUCAUGGACCGCGGCUUUGUCCUUCGAAUGAUCAGCCACCAUCACAAGGAGCUUUCAGACAAAGAUGACAAUCGGCCUCACCUCCAAGACCAGCGCAUUGAGUUCCUGAGGAUCGUCUGCAGCCACGAACACUUUGUCAUCCUGAACCUCCCGCUCACACCAAGCGUUGAGACAUUGGACAGCGGUAACCAGACGGAUGAUGCCGGCACAGAUGAGUCAACGGUCGAAAUAUUCAGGCUUUCCAGGAAAUUUCGUCAACAACACUUUUUAAUUGGGCUGCUCCUGGAGGAGAUAGCCAAUGUACUGACCACUGACUCAGAGAGCAGGUUGAUCAGACGGGAGGCGGUGAGCUUGCUACACUGCCUGCUGGCGACCCACGAUGGGGACCGGAGGUUCGGCAACCGCGGGGCCAAGGUGAAGGUGGCGGCCUUGUACCACCCUCUGCUGGACAUUAUCCUCAACAGUCUCCCCCUGCUGGCAGAUUAUGACAACUCGAGAAGAAAAUUGCCCAAGCCCUAUUCCAAUCCCAGGGAUGCCUCCAGCCUGGUUAUAACAUCUCCAAUUGUGACAGCACCAACAAACAGGCACUCGGCCCCCAUCUCAGCGCCUCCAGCUUCCAUCAUGUCAGCGGAACUGACCCAGACCGUCUUGUUCUGCUUUCUGUGGGUUCUGAAGAACGCCGAUGAGGCAGCCCUUCGGGAGUGGAUCGCGGACCUCCCCGCCCAGCAGCUGCUCGGCCUGCUGGACCUGCUGGACCUGUGCGUGUCCACCUUCGAGUACGAGGUCAGAGGGCAGGAGAUGCCACCGGACAAACCCGGCCAGCCAUCCACUGAACAGAUCAGCAGUGUCGUUUACCGCAAGUCGAGAGACAUGAAGUUGCGGCUGGAGAAGACCAUCUUCGGAACCACGGGAGCCCGGCGGGAAAUGAUGAGGCGUCGGGAAUACCCAGGAAUUGAGAAGUUGUUCACCGGGGUGAACGCGGGUCUACAGGAGAAGUUACGCUGGAGGAAGGACCUGACCCAGUGGCGGCAACCUGUUGGCAGGGACAAGAUGAAGUUAGAACUGGAGGAGGAAGCCUUAAUCAAUGGAAACCUGACUGUGGAAACCAACCUGAUUGUGUUGGACACCCUGGAGCUGUUAAUCCAGUCAUCCAGCCCGAUGCCUGAAUUGAGGCCUGUGGUCACAGGGGUCCUGAAGGUUCUGAUCCACAGCUUGUCCUGUAACCAGAGCACCUUGUAUCUGAAGGACGGCUUCAACACCCAGCGAGCCUUCAUCACCAAGUUCCCGGAGGUGCUGUUCGAGGACGACUCGGAGCAUUGCACGGACCUGUGCUUGCUGCUGCUGCAGAGGUCCACCAGUCACUUUGAGAGCACACGGACACAAGCCUCAGCCUCCCUCUACCUGCUCAUGAGGCAGAGCUACCACGCACAUUUUCCAAAAGCAAAAAUGUACAUUACUCUAACGCUGGCAUCGUUGUCGGAGAAACUCUCCAACCAGGAUAAGCAAUGUCUGCAACAAACUCUCACUAUGAUCCCCACUUACUUGGAAGCAGACAGAGCCAUGGAGAGGACCAGCUUCCCAGUGCAGGUGGAGGAGUUUUUGAAGAACUUGAACGGAGUGUUGUGCGACACAGUGAAGCUGCAGGAAUUCCCCCAGGACGUGGACAUGCAGAUUGACCUCAUGUACAGGGUUGCGAAGGGUUUGCAGAGUUACGUGGAUCUCCGCCUGCUGUGGUUGCGCAAGCUGGUGGCGAAGCACGUGCAGCGUGGGAGCUAUGCAGAGGCCGCGCACUGCCUGGUGCACAGCGCCGCCCUGCUGGCAGAAUAUCUAAACCGCGUGGACGGAUCUGUCCACCUGCCCAUGGGUAGCGUCAGCUUCCAGAAAAUCUCCCUCAAUGUCCUGGAGGAAUCCUUGGUGUCUGAAGAUAUAUUUUCCUUGGAGAGGGAGGGUGUUUGGGCCGGGAACUCGUUCAGUGAAGAGGGUCUCUUGAAGUUGCUGGACGAGGCGGCUAGAUUCUUCAACAAGGCAGAAUUUUAUGAAGUGGUUUAUGAGAUUCACAAACUCAUCAUCCCAAUUGCUGAAUUUCAUCGGGAUAUCAAGAAACUAUCUGCUAUUCACGGGAACCUGAAGGCAACGUUUGAUCAGAUCCUGAGUGAGGAUAAUAAGAGAAUGUUUGGGACAUAUUUCCGUGUGGGGUUCUACGGAUCACUGUUUGGAGAACUGGAUGACCAGGAGUACGUCUACAAGGAGCCAGCCAUCACGAAACUGGUGGAGGUCUCCUCACGAUUAGAGGAAUUUUACAAAGCGAUGUUCGGGCAAGAUCGUGUGGAGAUUAUCAAAGAUUCUGCACCGGUCAAGAAGGAAAACCUGGAGCCGAAGAAGGCCUAUGUCCAGGUGACCUACGUUGAGCCCUACUUUGAAGAGUAUGAGUUGAAGAAUCGAGUCAGCAACUACGAGCGGAGCUCCAACUUGCGGCGGUUCAUCUACAGCACCCCGUACACGCUGGAUGGCCGCGCCCACGGGGAACUCAGCCAGCAGUACAAGCGCAAAACCAUCCUCACCACCUCACACGCUUUCCCUUACAUCAAGACCAGGAUCAAUGUCAUAGAGAAGCAGGAGAUGAACCUGAGACCCAUUGAAGCGGUGAUCGAGGACAUGCAGAAGAAGACCCAGGAGCUGGCAAAGGCAACGAGUGAAAACCCACCCAACCUGAAGCUGCUCCAGAUGGUGCUGCAGGGAUCGGUGGGCCCCACCGUGAACCAGGGUCCCUUGGAAGUCGCCCAAGUUUUUUUGUCUGAAAUUCCCGACGAUCCGAAACUUUACAGACACCACAACAAACUCCGCAUCUGUUUCAAGAUCUUUUUGAAACGAUGUGAAGACGCUUUAAUUAAAAACAAGGGCCUGAUCUCGUCAGAGCGAGAGGAAUAUCAGAACGAACUUGAGAGGAACUAUGAGGCUCUAAAGUACAACUUGCAACCAUUCCUUAACCGGAGAAUCCCUCAGCUUUACAUUACACCUAGUCAGUAGGAACCUCAAAUGGUCUGAACGAUAUUAGUUUAGUUUUGUUUAUUGUCACGUGUACCGAGGUGCAGUGGAAAAGCUAUUUGUUGCGUGCUCUCCCAGUCAGCGGAAAGACUGGACAUGAUUACGAUCGAGCCGUCUACAGCGUACAGAGAAAUGCUGCUGUUGGAGUGGAGGUUUAAAAGAAUGGAGCCAUUGUAAGGAGCGAUGGCAGAUCCACAUGUGGGACCAUCACGCUGAGGUGAGCGCGGCUUCAUCCAACUGUGGGGAAGAUACGACCAGAACUUCGAUCAGUACGGGUGUCAGAGGUUAUAGGGACAAGGCAGGAGAAGGGGGUCAGGAGGGAGAGAUAGAUCAGCCAUGAUUGAAUGGCGGAGUAGACUUGAUGGGCCGAAUGGCCUAAUUCUGCUCCUAUCACUUAUGAUCUUACGAACUUGAAGCGCUGGACUUGUGAAGUCAUAGAACAAGCCCAUCGUCCCACUAUGCCCACGCCAACCACUGUGCUUAUCUACACGAGUACCUUCAUCGAUGUCUCGCCCAUUCAAUGUUUGCUGGGUGAUUCUUAUGGGAGUGCCUUUCUCUCCACCACUAUCUCAGGCAACGCGUUCCAGAUUCCACCCACUGUGUGAAACACAUUCCCUUCGAAUCCCUUCCAAAGGGCCAUGGCCUCUUGUUUUUUUUCAAAACACCGUUAGAACGGUAUCAUUAAGAUGUGAAUAGUUCCCUCAUGUAAGAAAUGUAUUGUUAUGAGUUUGGAAUGCAGGCAUGGUCACAGAUCACCUUGUCAUGGAUUACUUUGUGCUUUCUGAUCUUCUCCUUGGAUGUGAGUGAACAUUUACACAAAGCCAUGCUGUAUCUCUAAACUAAACAUAGGCACAUUUACACAUAUACUGUAUGUAUACUUACACAUAUAUUUAUACA